CCUGAGUAGCUCCCAGGUCUGUCUACCCUCAGUGCAGCAGCAGGCCAGCACAGCUGAGCAGAGGCUCCAGGCAGGGUAGCCAGCCAGGAGGCCCCGAAGCCUUCUCAGAACCUCCCCUGGUACCAGAGCUUUUGGCCGAUUGGGUUAUGUUGCCUGCGGGCUGACAGCUGGAGAGUGAGAGUCACAGAAAGAGUGACAAAGCGCCAACCAACCAUGGACACUCCAGAUAAGGAGGACUAUGAAGCUGCUAUGAGGGAGAAUCUGGGCCUGGAGAACUAUGAAGAUCCUGAGCAGAAGCUAUCAGAUGUUGCACUGGGCGAGCAAGACAGAGACAGAGGCCAAGUGGGUUUGCAGGACAGCACCUCACGCCCUGGCAAGAGGAGGGUGUGGAAUCCCUUCCGCCAGUACUUGUCCGGUCGCAAAACAGCUUAUGACCUGAAUAAGAGGAGGAGAAUGGAGUUGGGGCCCCUGGGCAAGGCAGGAGAAUAUCAGAGGCGUGAUGGCAAUGGGCAGAGUUCCUCCUCAUUAGAUGGGAACCACAAACCAUCAGAGAGCAACAAGGGCACCCGCCUGACCAGCUCCAGCUGGAAGACCCAUGAGGCAUAUGUGGAGUUGCAAGAACUGGUCAUGGACAGAAACAAGGAGCUGUGCUGGAUGGAGGCUGGCCAUUGGAUCAAGCUGGAGGAGGACUUUAAGGAGGAAAGACAAUGGGGGAGGCCGCAUCUCUCAUUCUUGACCUUCCACAGCCUGCUGGAGGUGCACAGGGCCUUCAAGAAAGGUACCAUCCUCCUUGACCUGGAUGAGAGGAGCCUGGCAGGCAUUACCAACAAGCUGAUAGACCAAAUGAUCUAUGAAGGUCGGCUGAAGCUCCAGGACAGGGAGGAGGUCCUGAGAGCCCUGCUUCUCAAGCGCAGACACCCCAGUGAGUCUGAAUCUCUAAGGACCCUAUCCCCAGGCCAACUGCAGCGACCUGGCUCAAAGGACAUUGAGCCAUCUCAACCCCUAAUGCAAAAACAAGAGCAGAUUGAGAUGGAGACAUUCACCAUCCCAGAACAGGAAGAGCCCAGCACAUCUGCCAGUGGAGACAAUCACAGGAGGCAGCUCCAGGAGGGGAUCCCAGAGGAUGCUGAGGCCACAUUAGUUCUUGUGGGAUGUGCCACCUUCCUAGACCACCCCACCUUGGCCUUUGUACGCCUCAAGGAAGCUGUGGAACUGGACUCAGCCUUGGAAGUGCCUCUCCCUGUGAGGUUCCUCUUCAUGGUGCUGGGGCCUGAAUCCCCACAUACCAGCUACCAUGAAAUUGGGCGGGCUAUCUCCACCAUGAUGUCUGAAAUGGUGUUUCGUCGGGACGCCUACCUGGCACAGGAGCGCCAGGACCUGAUAAAGGGAGUGGAGGAGUUCCUGCAGUGCAGCAUUGUCCUGCCACCCUCUGAGAUCCAGAACGAGCAACUUCUUAAGGAUCUGGUGCCUCUGCAGAGGGAACUGCUGAAGAAGAGGUACCUGCCAGUGGAGAAGAAGCCAGAGCUGGAGAUUGAAAAGGACGUGGAUAUAGACCUCAAAGCCAAGGGCCUCACUGAUGACAAAAAUCUCCUGAUUCGGACUGGCCGGCCGUUUGGGGGCCUGGUGAAUGACAUCAAGCGCCGCUACCCCAAAUACCUCAGCGAUAUCAAGGAUGCCCUCAGCCCACAGUGUCUGGCUGCUGCUAUUUUCAUUUACUUUGCUGCACUCUCGCCUGCUAUCACCUUUGGGGGCCUGCUGGAUGAGAAAACAAAUUCUGAAAUAAAUGUCCCAGGAGUCCUGAUCUCCACGGCUGUGCAGAGCUUUAUUUUCUGCCUCCUUGGUGCCCAGCCCCUGUUGGUGAUUGGCUUCUCAGGUCCUCUGCUGGUCUUUGAAGAAGCUUUUUAUCAGUUCUGUAAGACCCAAAGUCUGCCGUACACCGUAGGCCGCGUUUGGAUCGGCUUCUGGCUUAUCAUCCUGGUGGUGGUGAUGGUAGCUUGUGAGGGCAGCAUCCUGGUGCGCUACAUCUCACGUUACACCCAGGAGAUCUUCUCCUUCCUCAUCUCCUUCAUCUUCAUCUUUGAGACCUUCUCCAAGCUUGUCAAGAUUUUCAGGGAACACCCUUUGAGAGAGAGUUACAACAAGACCAGUUCUAUAAACUCCAAACGCAUCCUACAGCCCAACACAGCUCUGCUCUCCCUGCUCCUCAUGGCUGGCACCUUCUUCAUUGCCUACUUCCUGCGCAAAUUCAAGAAUAGCAGCUUCUUGCCAGGCAAGAUCCGGCGUGUGAUUGGAGACUUCGGAGUGCCCAUUGCCAUUUUCACCAUGGUGUUGAUAGACUUCUUCAUUGAGGGCACGUACACGCAGAAACUGAGUGUUCCUAAAAACUUACAGAGCUCCAAUUCCAGUGAUCAGGGCUGGAUUAUUCAUCCACUGGGACCACAACGUGAUUUCCCAAUCUGGAUGAUGUUUGCUGCUUCUGUCCCUGCUCUCCUGGUCUUCAUCCUGAUUUUCCUGGAGACACAAAUCACAACGUUGAUUGUGAGCAAGCCCGAGAGGAAGCUGGUGAAGGGUUCGGGUUUCCACCUGGACCUGCUCCUGAUUGUUGGCAUGGGAGGCAUAGUACCACUCUUUGGUAUGCCCUGGCUCUCUGCCACUACAGUGAGGACCAUCACUCAUGCCAAUGCCCUGACUGUGAUGACCAAGAGCACUUAUCCAGGGGAGAAGGUCCAAGUCCAGGAGGUCAAGGAGCAGAGGAUCACUGGGCUCCUGGUAGCCAUUCUUGUAGGUGUCUCCAUCUUCUUGGAGCCCAUCCUGAAACUGAUCCCACUGGCUGUGCUCUUCGGGAUAUUCCUCUACAUGGGGGUGACCUCCCUGUAUGGGAUCCAGCUCUUCGACCGCAUUCUGCUAUUUCUGAAGCCACCCAAGUACCACCCAGAUGAGCCCUAUGCCAAAAGGGUAAAGACCUGGCGGAUGCACUUGUUCACCUUCAGCCAGAUCAUAUGCCUGGCUGUCCUGUGGGCAGUGAAGUCCAGCAAGGGCUCCCUGGCCUUGCCCUUUGUCCUCAUCCUGACUGUGCCUCUGCGUCGCUUCCUGCUCCCCAGGAUCUUCCAGGAUAUUGAACUCAAGUGUCUGGAUGCAGAUGAUGCUGUGGUGACCUUCGAUGAGAUAGAGGGCCAGGAUGUGUACGAUGAAGUGCAGAUGCCCAUCUAAGCCCCCAAUCCACAUGUGUCCUCCAGAUGAGGAACAAUGGGCUCUUUUCCUUCACUGGGCUUUCCACAGAAUGCCCAGAGCCUGGCUUCACAGUAUUGAUCAUUUGUGUCUGUGCGUGUAUAUGUGUGUAUGCAGCCCAUACCUUCCCUCAUGGCAUCCUGCAUACACACAUGUGCAUAGGCACAUACAUGAGGCUUCCAAGGAAUCCACAUAGCUAUACCACACUCUUUAGAUUGGCUCCAGAUGUCAUAGGCUUGUAAAAACAUACGCUAAGAUUUUGAGGACAUAGCUGCAUUAGACUGGUUGAAAUGAGAACCCAACGCCUGAUCUCUGGACUCCUAUUAGUGUUAGCUCUGCAGCUAGAUAACCUAAGAAUGUGUAUCUCUUCUUGUUUCCUUCCUGUGGCUUGUAGUCUUCUGAUGUUCUCACGCUCCAGUGCUGUGAGGAAGGAGGCUUGCCUCCUUGCCUGGAACAUGCAUGUAUGCAUCUGUACACACAUGAUCUGGAGCUCCCUUUGGCCCAGUCCCUGGGAGCAAUGAGCUCUUUUGUCAGAAAUCUUCCUCCCAACAGCAGAGUGAUUUGUAGCCCCUGGCACUGGAGUGCAUAAACCAAACCAAAGACGAGACACCUCACAGCAUGAGGACCAAAAAGCAUGGGUCAGCAUUUCUCCCACCCAGCAGAAGAUGGACGCUUCAGAAAAGACCAACGAGAAGGUGAGCAAAGGUGUAGAGAAGAUCCUUCAAGAGGUCCUAGUGGCAGCUUUGCAGUGGCAGUCACCCGUUCCACAGAUAACCCUGGUGCCUAUGGGCUAGACAUAGUUUAGGGAGAACAACACCCAGGCUGUCACAACAGCAGCUUAGGACUAAACAACCCCCAGCCCACCCAGGGAACCUGGGUCCCACUUUCAACCUUCUGCAUAGCAAUGGGAGGGGGGAGUCAGGCAGGAUGAACCCAGGAGCCUGUGACUAGAGUGCAUUCUCCCUGACUUUCCGUCCAAGCCUUCUCCCAAGCUAACUUUGGUGCUCAGUAGCGUGAGGGCUCUGCUCAGACAGGACCAUUCUCACUAGAUAGGCUAACAACCCCCUUUGCCAUCAGCAUAGGGCUGGGUAAGCUUCUGGUCUACUCACAUGCUCCAGCAUCCUCCCACUCCCCCUCUUAAUACUCCCACAGGUGCUGAAAAGGGAGUGCCAUCUCCAGACUGAGGCAGACUCCCUGGCCUGGCCCAGGCUGCUAUGCUAUCAAGUUGUGUUCAGAUCCUGCUUGAGGGAGGGAGGGUGUCUCUUGGGACAUGGCUCUGAUGCAAUGCAGCAUCUCUUACCUAGGGCCAAGUGAGUUAUAGUAUAAGCAAGUGGGGCAGCCACUGAAUGCAGCUGGGCUUGCAUUUGCUUACACUCAGGCUCUGUUCAAAUUAUAACCAGGCACUGGUGCUCUUCUUCCAUUUGUACAGAGGCCGCUUUUGCUUUCUGCUGGCUUGAGCAGGGUUUGUGGGACAUGCUGAGCAAGGCUGAAAUCCUUCUGCCAGGUCUGUUGUGCUCAGCACAUUGAAGGACCUAGCCUGAGGCUCAGUACCAUACCUAGACUUCUGGCAGCCCCAGGCAAACUUUUAGUAUUGGGUCCCCUUUCGCCAGAGAUAAUAAUCAGACAACAGAAAAAAAUGACCAUUUUUGGGCCCCCUUUCUGUCCGGGCCCCAGGCAGCCUCCCAGUUUGCCCAUGCCUGUGUCCAGCUCUGCCUAGGCUCAGUUCUUUCCCCAGCUCUCCAGAUUCAAGCCCUCCAAUAUGCAAAGAGCCUGAAGCAAAACGGCACUGCUCUUUGCCUCACUGCUUUUUGCCUUGUGCACCUCCACUGAUAGGAUCAGACUAGUGCAGUGCUGUAUCAGGCCCUCAGGCUAGUAACUGCCCCAGGUUUAACCCCAUGCACGCUGGUUUGUUUGAUUGAUUGAUUUAGUGUGGAAUAUAGAUCUGGGGCCAGUCCUCAACUGGCAUAAAUUAGCAUCAUUCCAUUGGCAUCAAAGGGCUCGAUGCUAGUUCACACAAACCAAAGAUCUGGUC